AUGUCAAGCGGAUCGACUGAGCUGGUUUUGAACAUAAAAUUCAACGGGAAACAUGUCUUAAUCGAUACCCUGAAUCCCGAUAACACAGUAGCAGAUUUGAAGAAUGCUUUAUUCGAUCGAACCCGCGUUCUUCCGCAAACGCAAAAAAUACUCGGUUUACGGACAGUCGAAAACGAACCCAUUACGGAUUCGCUUCCACUGUCUCGGCUUGUCAUUAAACCUAAUAGCAAAUUGAUGCUUAUUGGUUCGACGGAGGAGGCCAUACUCGAUGUGAGUGAAUCUUCCUCCACUACGCAAACACCAGAAAUUGUGGAUGAUUUUGAUUUCAAAGAAGAAGUUAACAUUGGUUUAUUGCCUGAGAAUUUGGAGAAAGUUAAACGGCGAAUAAAGGCUUAUCAACCCAGAAAACUGUGCGAUCCGAGACCCGGUAAACGCCUUUUGGUCCUUGACGUGGACUACACAAUAUUUGGUAAUUUUGUUUUCAUGUGA